CACGAACAGCGAUCGCUGGGAAUACCCUCGACAUGGCAGACCACGUCUCUGAGAAAGCGGCAGAGAAGCCCACAUAUAACUAUCCCUUCGCCGCAGCACCAGACAUCAUCCGUGCGCAUCAGAAAGACUCCUACUUCGAAGGAGUACUCCUUAACCAUCUCUCCAACCCUCUUCGUCGUCUGUAUGGCGCACGAUUCCUGCACACGUAUACCUCAGAAGCGCGAACCUUUUCCGAGCUUUUGUAUCUCGGCUUGACCACAUUCAUCGGGAAUCGCACACUGGGAGAAGAAUACUGCGACAUCAUCCAAAUCGAAGACGACACGCUCAAACUUCCUACGAUCGACCGGAGAGCAGGAUACAUCCUAACCAGCAUCCUCCUCCCUUAUUCUCUCACCAAAAUCCUCCCCGGCUUUCGAUCACGCAUAAGAGCAAAACUAGAAUCGAACCUCCGACGAAUGGUGAAGAACAAACAACAGAGUUCAACAAGCUUUAAAUUGCAAUCCUACCUCCUCACUCACCUAUCCACAAUCACGUCUCCAUCGCCAAUCCACGCGCUUACAUUAACGAUCUUCUAUUUCUCGGGCGCGUACUACCAGUUGUCGAAACGGAUAUGGGGGCUACGAUAUAUUUUCACAAAAAGGAUUGCGCCGAGCGAGGCGAGGGUUGGGUAUGAAGUGCUCGGUGUGCUGCUUGUACUGCAAAUGAGUGUUCAAAGUUGGUUGCACCUGCAAAAUACCAUAAAUACACCUACGAUCGCCAAUCCGUCUCUCCUCGAAGGCUCCUCCGCAAUGCUGGAAGGCGGGAUCGAGAUUUCGCUCGAUGCUCCGACCACCUCACCCGAAAUUUUGUUGGAGUCCGGAGGCAUCCAACACAACAGCAUAGAAGUGGGUAAAACUACACAUACAGAAGUAUUAAAGAAACCGAGAUAUGAUUUAAGAAUUGAACGCGUGAUGCCGUGGAUCAAAGGACAGAAUAGGAAAUGUACGUUAUGUCUAGAGGAGCUGAAAGAUCCGAGUGUAGUUAGUUGUGGGCACGUCUUUUGCUGGGAGUGCGUUGGGGAUUGGGUGAGGGAGAAGCCGGAGUGUCCUCUUUGUAGGAGGGCGGUGGCGAUGCAGCAUGUUUUGCCUCUGCGUGCUUGAUGGGAAGGGGAAUGGAAAAUGCAAACUUGGGACGCCAGGUCGUUUCCAUGAAGCGAUCUUAUUGUAAGAGCCCCUAUCGAAUCUCGGCGUACACCCCCUACAUCGCCAGAAGAUAUCACAAAAUCUCGUACAUUGCGAUACCUCUAGCUUAAGGCUGGGAAUUUGAACGUACAGCAUUUCGAGGGACACUCU